AUGGCGGCGCCGGCCGGGCAGCGCGAGGAGAACGGGUGCUGCGGCCGCGGCCCGCACGGGGGCGGGGGGAGCCCCGCGGACUCGGACGGGGAGGCGCCCGACUCCCCCUACGCCCGCGCCCGCCACAAGCUGGAGACGCUGCUCAACAGGAACAUGCGGAUCCGCAUGACGGAUGGACGGACGCUCGUCGGCUGCUUCCUCUGCACCGACCGUGACUGCAACGUCAUCCUGGGCUCCGCGCAGGAGUACCUCAAAGCCAGCGACUCCUUUGCGGCCAGCGAGCCGCGCGUGCUGGGCCUGGCCAUGGUCCCCGGCCACCACAUCGUCUCCAUCGAGGUGGAGCUGGAGAACCUGGGCAACCCCCAAUACCUGUGAGACGCGCCCGGCGCAGGGACCUGCCCACGGGGCGCAGCCGGGCACCGGGACGGGCAGCCGGGCCUCGCUCUGCGCAUUAAACCUGGGGGGACCCCGUGCAGCCGCCGCGACCUCCUUUGUGCCACGCGGGUCUCGGCGUCACAGC